AAACGAAACCCAGUUUACAUCUAUGCAUGCACGAUGUGCUCUUCAUUUAAAGGUAUUUUCAUCUGGAUCUGAUACACAACGUACAAGUUAUCACCUUUUGUUUGAACCCACCCAUUUUUCAUGUUACCAAAAGUAUUGGAACAUGUGACUGACAGGUGUGUUUUGUUGCCCUGGUGUGUCCUAUUAAUUGAUUAUUCAAACAAUAAAUAGCACUGAAUGUCUGCGCUCAGUUUCAGAUCCAUGCAGACUGCAUUUAUAGUUAGUUAGACGUGUAACCAACAUGAAAACCAGAGAGGUGUCUAUGGGUGAAAAACGAGGAAUUGUGAAGCUGAGAGAAGAAGAAAAAUCAAUCAAAACAAUUCCAUAAACACUGGCAAUAGCAAGUACAACCAUUUGGAAUCUCCUGAGGUAGAAAGAAACCACUGGUGUACUAAGUAACCCACCUCGAAUGGGUAGAUCAAGGAAAACAUCAGCAGUUGUGACAGCUGUAAAGAAAGACCCUAAAACAACUGUUAGUGACAUCAGCAACAACCUCCAGUGGGCAGGAGUGAAGGUCUCACAAUCUACUGUUCGCAGAAGACUUCAUGAACAAAAGUACAGAGGCUACACCAGAAGAUGCAAACCACUCAUUAGCGAGAAGAAUAGAAGACGAGCCUCAAAAAUUCUGGGACAAGGUUUUAUGGACUGAUUUUAUGGACCAAAGUGAUGGAAAGGCUAAUGUUUGGAGAAAGAAAGGAGCUCAUCUGAAACACAGUGUAAACAGGUGUACAUUAUAGUACACAUUACACAGGUAAUGUAAUGGCUUGGGCUUUCAUCGCUUCUUCUGGGACAGGCUCAAUACUCUUCAUUAAUGAUGUAACACAUGACGGCAGCAGCAAAAUGAUCUCAGAAGUCUUCAGAAAUAUUUUGUUUGAAAAUUUACAGAAAGAUGCAACCAAACUGAUUGGGAGAUCCUUCAUCAUGCAGCAAGAUAAUGACCCAAAAUAUAGCACCAAAACAACAAAGUUCAUCAGGGCAAGAAGUGGAAGGUUUUAGACUGGCCAAGUCAAACUCCACACUUAAACCCUGUAGAGUAUGCAUUUUACCUGCUAAAUAAGAGACUGAAGGGAGUAACCCCCCAAAACUGAAAGAGGCUGCGGUGAAAGCCUGGAAAAGCAUCACAAAAGAAGAAUGCAAAAGUUUGGUGAUGUCAAUGGGUCACAGACUUGAUGCAGUUAUUGAAAGCAAAGGAUUUGCAACUAAAUAUUAAGUCUUAUUCACUUUAAUCUAGUUUAAGUCAGUCUGUUCCGAUACUUUUGCUCACAUGAAAAAUGUGUGGGUUCAAACAAAAGGUGAUAUCUUCUAAGUUGUGUGUCAGAUCCAGAUAUGAAUACCUGUAAAUAAAAGCUGAAAUGCUGAUCUCUUAUCUCAUAUUCAUCUUUUGAUGUCAAACCCAAAUGUUUUCAGUCUACAGCAAAAAUAAAGGAAUUGGCCUCACUGUUCCAAUACUUUCGAAGGGCACUGUAUAUAUAUAUGUGUGUGUGUAUAUAUAUAUAUCGAGCCUGUGUGCUCGAAACGUUACACCUUAUGUGAAUUUUUUUAAUUAAUAAAUUUUUCUUUGAUACUUUUGGAGCUUAGGUGUUGCCGACUUUGCAUUUUCAAUAUGCUAUAUAUAUAUAUAUACCAUGACUUUCUUUAUAGCUGUGAGGGCCACUUCUCCUGGACCAUCAACAACGACCUCAAAGUCUUGGGAUGCAUUUUUCUCCCCAGAACUCCUGAUACUUUGUAUAAUUGUCCCUGCUAUUGCAUUAAGGAUUCAGUUCCUCAAGCAACAAAAGCAAGAUUUGGAUGAUGUAGUGCAUCUUCCAGGUGAUCCACUCCGGAUUCUUUUAGUUGGAAAAACAGGGGUGGGAAAAAGUGCAACAGGCAACACAAUCCUGGGAAAAAAGGUUUUCAAAUCAAAGAUAUCAUCCUCUUCUGUGACCGGGGAGUGUGAAAAAAAUCAUGCAAUAAUAAAUGGCAGAAAAGUAUCCGUCAUUGACUCUCCAGGUCUGUUUGACACCAGCCUAACUACAGAGGAAGUGGUCAACAGAAUUAAACGCUGUAUCCCUCUCUCUGCUCCUGGUCCACAUGUCUUCUUAGUUGUGAUUCAGCUGGGCAGAUUCACUGAUGAAGAGGCAGCAGCUGUUAGAAUCAUUCAAACAGUUUUUGGUGAGGAAUCCUCCAAUUACAUCAUGGCACUAUUCACUCAUGGAGAUCGACUGGAGGACAAAAACAUUCACACAUUUGUGCGGGACAACCCAAAACUGCUCAAUUUCAUCAAAACAUGCAGCGGACGAUACCAUGUGUUCAACAAUCAAGAACAAAAUCCUGAACAAGUCAAUCAGUUGCUCGACCAGAUUGAUAAAAUGGUCACUGGAAAUGGAGGUCAAUACUACACCAGUGAGAUGCUUGAAAGGGUAGAAAGAGCAAUUGAGAAAGAGAAACAACGUAUCCUGAAGGAGACUGAGGAGCAGAGACAGAGGGAGAUAGAAGCUCUUAGGGCUCAACUUCAGGAUGAGGCCUAUGAAAGAGCAUUAGUAAAGUUAAACAAUAAAUAUGAAGAGGAUGCAAGAAUCAAAGCAGAGAUUGACCUUCCAUAUUUGAUCCACUUGGUCAGUUAUUUAUUUAAAGUAUUUAGUAAAUUCUUAUGGUGACCUUAGUGAAAAUGGAGGGUAUUGAAAAAUCUCAUGAUUUAUAGAUUUUAUAUUUGAAAAUUACUUUACAAUGAGUUAUUAAUAAAUAGAAACAAAGCAUGUUUACACUAUAUUCUGGUGAAUAUGAAAUCUGAAAGUUUAAUAAUUUGAAGGUGGGUAUACGGUGUAAGUGAAAUGUCUGAGAAAUGUGUCUCUGUAUUGCAAGCUCUAUAUAAAUGAAGGACUUCUUUAAUUUUUGUGUUCUAUAUAAAUUGUACUUGAGAUUUGUUUGUGUGUGAGAUUAAAAAAACAGAAAUCAAAAUUAUCAACACUUUUGAGAUUUAUACAUCAUCUGAAAGCUGAAUAAAUAUUAUGUCCAUUGAUGUAUGGUUUGUUAGG